AUUCGGCACUCACGUAUCACGUGACCACACCAAAGCGCUCGCUACUGCUUACAACAUGGCGAGUGGAUGUCGGUGCUUGUUUUGGUGAAAGUUCCUCUGUUUCUCCGCGCUUUUUGGUGAACUAAGCCGUUCAUAAACCGAUGGCCACCGCGAAUCCCCGCCACUGUGCCGGGAAAAGUAUCUCCGGCCGCCACACGGACGAAGAGGCAGCCCAGAGCGACGGAGGUAGUGACGGUGGAUCCACAGCAUCGAGUUUCAGCAGCUCCGACUCCUCAGAUGACCUGGAACCAGAAUGGCUGGACGACAUUCAGAAGAACGGCGAGCUCUUCUACCUCGAGUUGAGCGAGGGCGAAGAGGAGGCCGCGUUGGCCCAGCAAGUGAAUCAAGGUGUAUCCACCAAUCAUGUUCGCUUCAGUGAAAAGGAGGCAGAGAUCAUCACAGAGCAAAACAAGAAGCAGCGCUGCGGCUCCCGGGCAAAGGGUGAGCCCACGCUUAAAAAGCUGGCUAGGAUCCUGAGGAGGAAACGGUGGCCCUCACAGCGUAGAGGAGGGAAGGAUGGGUGUAAAGACAGCUCAUCGCCUCCGGCAUCAAUCCUGAAGAACCAGCAAGGCCAAAGGCAGGGUGUGACUGUUCAGCAGCAGCAGCUGAAGGAGGUGUGUGUCUACCUCAAUCCUAAACGUUUAGGAGGUUCUUCGACCCCUCUGUGUGAUGGCGGAGGACUGCUGGAAGCACUGCUGGGUGUGGUGCAUCGCCCUGCCUGGAGCAGAGGUCAGGAAGACCCUGCAGUGCUCACACGGGAGGAAAGACUGACUGUUCAUGGAUUAAUACCAAACAGUCCAGCCAUCAAAUGUGGCCAAAUCCUAAUUGGCGAUGUGCUCGUAGCUGUAGACGAUGUCGACGUGACCUCAGAGAAUAUCGAGAGGGUUCUCUCCUGCAUCCCGGGACCAACGCAGGUGAGGCUGACCUUGGAGACCGUGGCUCCGUUGGACCGGGUCAGCACUGGCGAUGCUUCCCUGAUCCGUAGGACAAAGACCUCUCCUCCAGUCAGCCAGCUGGUGCGCCUGCUGUGGGGCGAGGACACAGCCGAACUUCAGAUGUCCAUAUCGCACAUCCCUCAUAUCGUCAUGUACCUGUCACUCAAACUGGACUCCACAUCGCCACAGGAGGAGGAGGAAGUCUUGUACCAGUACCCUGUGUCUGAAGCAUCCAGCCAGCUGAAAGGAGUGAGGGGGAUCUUCAUCACUCUGUGUGACAUGCUGGAGAAUGUCACAGGCGGGCGGAUCAUCAGUUCGUCUCUCCUACUCGGCAAACAUCUGGUACAUGUUGGCUACUGGAAAGAAAGCAACAAUCUUCUGGUCAUCGGCCUUCCUGCUGAGAGGGUUCCUCUGCUGUAUCUGCAGACCGUGGUAGGAGACGUAGUCCGCACACUAAAAGUGAUGUACGGCUCCUUAGACAGUGCGUUCUGUAAGGUGGACCACGCUCCCAGGUUGGACCAUUUCUUCUGCCUGUUCUUCCAGCAGCUCAUCCAGCCCUCACGUCUGAGGGAAGGCUCCUCCUCGGCACCUCCGCCCGACAUCUCAGGGACUCUCUUCCUGGACGGACUGCCGGCGGUUCGAUGGCUCACGCUGCCUCCAGAAAUCAAGAUGGAGGUGGACACGGUUCUGUCUGACUUUGAGUCUUCUGAUUUUGGAGAAAUGUCUGAGGAUUUUUUCGGCCUGAGGCGUCUGUAUAUAAUCCUCGGCUCCUGUUUGUUCUAUAAGUCCUACCUGAUCGCCAACCACCUGCCUAAGGAGGACCUGCUGGACGUGUGUCUGUACUGCCAGCACUACUGCCUGCUGCCGCUGGCGUCAGAGCAGCGUGUGGGUCAGCUGGUCAUCUGGAGAGAGGUGUUUCCCCAGCAGAGGGCUAAUGGAGCCACGCCGGGCUACAGCCAGCCAGAGGGCCGACACUUCCUCCUCAUUGUGGGGCUGAGACACUUUAUGCAGUGUGUACUGUUGGAAGCAGGCGGCUGUGCUUCUCCAGCUUUGGGCUCUCCUGGACCUGAUUGUGUUUACAUUGAUCAGGUGAAAGCCACCCUGCUGCAGCUGGAGGUGUUGGAGCCAGGUAUCGAAGAGCGUCUGAAUGCUCCGCCUGCUCCCUGCCUGUCCUGCGCCGACUGGUUCCUCCCUGCUGCCACAGCUCGUGACCGGCUCGACAGCUUGGCCUCCUCCUCGCCCGUCUUCAGCAAGCUUGCCGGUGCCGUUAAAGGCUCCUCGUCCGGGUCCAGAGCUCGCGCCCUGUUUGGGGAGAAGUCGUGGAGGGCCAGCCCGCAGAGGAGCUUGUCAGAUAGCGGGAGCGAGGGGCAGAUGGAUGCCGGGUCGGGGUCCAGUUCGUCAGCGGCUCCGGGCCUCAGUCCGCAUUCCACACCGGACUCGGCCAGGAAGCUGGGAGGUCGUCGGGACUCGCUGGGGUCUGGAGGGUCUGAUGGGAGCGGAGGCAGCGGAGGUCUCUUCAAGAUACCCAGGAUGAAGCACCCGAACCCUUUUUACCUGGGGACCCUGAAGAAGACCCUGACUGAGAGAGAAACGGAGGAGAUGUACAACACCAUGAAACUAACAUCGGGUGCAGAGAACACCUUGUUCCACUACGUCCUGAUGGAAACCGUGCAGGGAAUCUUCAUCGCUCCCACUCACAGAGAAGUGGCUCAGCUGAGCGGCUCCAUUCACCCACAGCUCAUUCGCAACUUCCAUCACUGCUGCCUCUCCAUACGAGCCGCCUUCCAGCAGAGUCUGCCAGCCAGGAGCCGCCGUGCAGCAGACAGGCCACAGGGCGGCGGCUGGGGUCUGGGUCCCGUCAAAGAACACGGGGUUCUGUUUCAGUGUAAACCCGAGAACUGGACCGACCAGAAGAAACCUGCUCCCACCAUGACUUACUGGGUCAUUGGACGUAUGCUGCUGGAGCCCGUUCCUCAGGAGUUCUACGUGUGCUUCCAUGACUCUGUGCCCGAGGUUCCCGUGGAAAUGGCCUUCAGACUCUCCUUUGGUUUGGCUUUGUGACCUGUCGCUAUCCUCCUCAGCACCAGAUCAGCGGCAGUGAUGAACAGAAACUUUAAGACUUCGUUUACCAGUAACCGUAACAUUCUCAGGAAGAUAAUUCAAAUUGUGACACCUGUCGAACCAUGCAAGCAUAAAUGUAGGGAGCCUUCAUACAUUUUUUUUUGGCAGUGAUAUUAGGCUGACUGCUAUUUUGUGCCUUAUUGCACAUAUAAAAAAAAUGUGUCUAGGGUCUUUUAUGUGCACAUGAAAAUCCACUCAAGUCAAUCAGGGAAUACCUCAUGACGCCAUAGUGCAGAAACUCAUGCAAGACCUUCCUGCAACAGCAGCUGCGUACAUCUCCAUGCCGACACAGCACACAGGGGUGUAGUGAUGUUUUCACAAACAGUUUACAGUGAAGUAAAAAUGCCUUUCAGUUGCUUAAUUUAAACUUUGUACAGUUUUGUAAGGAAAUUGACUCAUUUGUUACAUUAAUGAAUGAACAUUAAAAAGGAAAAUUAUUUA